UCCCCCCCCCACCACCACCACCCCCACCACCACCACCCCACUCUCCACUUCUUCCACUUGGCGCCGCAUCAUGAGUAGUUUGGAAGCACCUUUCAGCCGCAUACCUCUGGAAUGGUGGGGAUUACACGGCCGGAACCCGGAGAGCAAGUAAACGCAGAUGGAGUUUGGGAUUUAUUGCAAAAGAAAGGAAAGAUGACCGCCUUCUCGCUGUGCCUGCUCCUGUGCGCACAUCUGCUGGAUUUAGCCGUCGGAUAUUUGACAGUUACCAUCGAGCCGCUGCCUCCUGUCGUUGUGGGAGAGACUGUCACUCUCAAGUGUAACUUCAAAACUGACGGGAGGCUUCGAGAGAUCGUUUGGUACAGGGUGACAGAUGGAGGUACCAUCAAACAGAAGAUUUUCACAUACGAUGCAAUGUUUAAUACCAAUUACUCUCACAUGGAGGACUACCGAAGACGUGAAGACCUUGUGUACCAGUCAACUGUUCGACUCCCAGAGGUGCGGAUCUCAGACAACGGGCCUUAUGAAUGCCAUGUGGGAAUCUACGAUCGGGCAACGAGGGAGAAGGUUGUUCUGGCUUCAGGGAAUGUUUUUCUUACUGUUAUGUCACCUCCAAACAACAUAUCAGUAGUGGCAGAGAACACUCCAGCCCCAUUCAGUCGAUACCAAGCCCAGAACUUCACUCUGGUCUGCACUGCAAAGGGAGGGAAGCCAGCACCAUCGGUGUAUUUCAAGCGUGAUGGGGAGCUGAUCGAGGUGAUUUCCUACACUCAUACUUCAAACGAGCAGGGAGGAGGCUCUGCAGGAGUAAGAGGAGCCAGGCCGCUCAUCAGCAGAGACCUCGAUGAAACAAAACUGCAGCGCUCCCUCUCUCUCCUGGAUCCUGAAGGCCGAUCAGUCCGUCUCUACACAGAAGCUCCCCAACGCGUUCACUCUCAGGGCCAGCAGUCGUACGAGCCCAGCCCCACAACAGAGGUCAUUCCAGAGACGGUGGUUAGCCGGGAGUUUCCCCGCUGGGUGCACAGCACAGACCCUUUCUACUACUUCAGCCACACUCACAUCCCUCAGAGCGACGGAUCUGUGGUGGUGCAGGCCCGACUCACCUGGACCCUCAACCCUCAGUUGGACAAUGAUGCCCUUUUCAGCUGUGAGGUCAAGCACCCAGCACUGUCGAUGCCCAUGCAGACGGAGAUCACUCUGGCUGCUCCUAAGGGCCCCAAACUUUUGAUGUCCCCCAGUAAGGCAAAGGUUGGGGACACGGUGCGCAUUACUGUCCAAGGAUUCCAGAACGAGGUGUUCCCGGAGCCGCUCUUCACCUGGACGCGGGUCGGCGGCCGACUCCUGGAUGGCAGCACCGAGCGAGAGGGGAAGGAGUUGGUUCUAGAGAGAGUGCCGGCUGACCUCAACGGCUCCAUGUACCGCUGCACGGCUCAGAAUCCUCUGGGCUCCACGGAUACACACACUCGCCUCAUCGUCUUUGAAAAUCCAAGUAUGAUGAAAAACACACAGAAUCUCAACAAUGGCGCCACCUGCGCGGACAUGCUCGGACUGACGUGGAUGGCACUCGUCCUCACAGUGACGGCGGAACUGACGUGAAACUGCAGCGUCCACGACACUCCCUCACACAGACGCACACAGAUGCUCGCACACACACAGGAACACACACUCUUUGUCCAAUCAUCAACAGAACCCUCCAUGCGUCAGUCGUUCAGGAAACCGCGUCGCCACUGGGUGGCGCACCUCAGUUUUUGGAACAAAAAAUAAUGAUAUUAAAAAAAAAUCAAGAGGUAAAUGACAAUAACUGCCUCCUACACAGCCCCGCCCACUUAUACUUUUGUUUUCUUGUCCAACGUCUGCGUAUUGUUCCACAAAAUCAAACUGACUGGAAAUGCGGAAGUGGGAGAGGGGAAAGAAAAGCAUUUUGUUUUUGAUGAGUUAAAAUGUGCUUGGUGUUGACUGAAACGUGAUCGUGGAACUGGCUUCUAGGCUGCUCCGCCAUGUCGACCACGCCCCUCUUCUACAUAUCCUGGGAUGCACCCGAUCAGCAACAAACUGAUACUGAUGAGCAAACACUCCAAGAGAACACUGAUUUUUUUUUUUUUUGUUAAAAUAUUAUUAUUAUUAUUAUUAUAACACAAGUAUUGAUUUUUUUUUUCCCUGAUGGAGUGGAAUGUACAAGAGGAUUUAAAUGUAUUGAGAAACUAGUUUAAAAAAAAAAUCUCCUUUUUGAGUGUAUUUUGUGUACAUCAAUGUAAAUACUGAAAAUAAUUAAAGAAGUUCUAAGGGUUAUGGUCAGGGAUGGGUGCUGAGAUUCGAGUUGACUCUUCUCCACCUUUGUGUUUCAUUCAACAGUGUUUUUUUGAGAUAAUCAUCUGAAUGGACAGAAACAUUAACAUUUAAUUUCUCAUUUGGGUUUUCUAUCAAUAUAUUAGGUCUCCAAGGACAGAGUUAAAAACAAAAUACAUUGGAAACCCAACGUGUCUGAUGUUUUGGGGUCGUGGUGCAUGUGACAUUUGAAGAUCCUCUCUCCUUUUGGUGUGUUGCAAACGACAGCACUGCAACUCAUUGUCACCGGCCUGUAAUCCAGUUAUUUACGUGUGACAUACUAUCUUAAGUGAGCGACAUUGUGUACAAUAUGUAACUCUUACCACAGACAUUUCCAGUAUUUGUAGGAUCGUUUUAGACGCCAGUCCAGGGAGGCAGCGUGUGUAAACAGGGUUGUUGCAUUUGUUUCAUUUCACCUGUAUUAAAAUGGAGAGAUGAUGAAACUCA